AUGAAGCCAUUUAUAAAACAGGCGUUCGUGGUUGCGGGAGCGGCCCUCAAUAUCGUUGGUCAUGGAUGCGCGCACGGUUACCCGGCGGUGCUGUUCACCCAGCUGAGGAGCGAUGGAGGACCAGUGACCCUGACUGAUCAUGAUACUUCGUGGAUAGCUUCCGUGGUCGGACUCAUGGGAAUAGUCGGAAAUUUCAUAUCACCCGUUCUGAUGACAAGAUUUGGUCGACAGAAGGCGCACAUCAUCAGCACAAUACCAGCACUUCUGGGCUGGAUAGUUUUUGUAAUUGGGAACUCUGUGCCAGCCUUCCUUCUUGCCAGACUUCUACAUGGCCUAGCGUUGGGCUUACGGACUCCACUAGCUGCAAUAUUAGUGGCCGAGUAUACUGAACCAAAAUAUCGUGGAGCAUUUCUUGGCACCUUUGCGAUAUCCUUAGGUUUAGGAAUUUUAUUGUCUCACGUUUGGGGCGCACAUUUGACAUGGAAAAUGACGGCUACGGUUUGUUCCAUGUUUCCACUCAUAGCCAUGGCUAUUAUCAGCCUUUCACCAGAAUCUCCAAGCUGGUUAGUCUCGAAAAGCAAAUUCGAUGAAGCACGAAAGGCUUUUAGGUGGCUUAGAGGAAAUGCUGAUGACCAAAACGAAGAGCUCGAAGCAAUGAUUGAAGCCCAAAAGAGAGAAAUAGUGACAAAACACAAUACAAUUAAAGUCGUUAAAAGAUUUAAGUGGAAACGUGUUUUGCAACCAGCAAUCGAUACGUUGAAGAACGUGAUAAAGAUUUUUAAGAAGAAAGAAUUCUACAAGCCGUCCAUAAUAGCUAUAAGUAUGCUGCUAGUAUUCGAGUUCGGUGGAGCACACAUGGUACCAGCUUACGGAAAUUUGAUUCUUCAAGCUGUUCUGGACAAGAAAGAUCCAAAAGAUGUCACGUGGCAGUUUACAAUAAUAGACCUAUUAAGAACAAUAUGUGCACUGCUGGCUAUCUUUUUGCUCAAAUGGUUUAAGCGUAGGACAAUCCUUUUCACGAGCGGUAUCAUGACAGUGUUCUCCUUAAGUACUGUAUCAGUUUUUGUGUAUCUAAGGAAAGCUGAGGUUUUAACAAACAGUUGGUUAUUAGACGUUGUACCAAUGUGUUUGAUGAUCCUUUAUACUUUGACGUUCUGUUUAGGAUUGGUUCCUUUAAACUGGGUGAUAUGCGGUGAAGUGUUUCCAUUAGCUUAUAGAAGUAUGGGUUCGACUCUAUCUACGUCAUUUUUAACUCCCGCUUUCUUAGUUUCCAUGAAAACUGCCCCUCAUCUCUAUACGUCUAUUGGGGUUGAGGGUGCAUUUUUAGUAUAUUCAGCAAUUUUGACUAUAGGUUUAUUAAUAAUGUAUGUUCUGUUACCAGAGACAAAAGACCGAACUUUACAGGACAUCGAAGAAAGUUUUAAAGGUAAAAAUAAUGUUGACCUUGAAACACAGACGAAUCUUAUAGAAAGAGAAAAUAUUACUGUGAAGUGA